AAGAUCAGAGAAGUCCUCCUGGAUUUUUCCAGCCCAAAGAGCGUCACUGCUGCUCAGCCUUAUUUCCCUCCAAGUCCACCUGACCAGUGAGAAACAUCCCCUAUUUGCAUUCAUUAUCUGUAUCCCUCAAUGUACUGGGAGCUCCAGGAGAGUAGGAACCAAGUUCAUGUAGUUCCCAGUGGCUUCUUCAGUACCUAGCACACAGCAGACACUCAGGAAACAUUUGUCAAAUAAACGAAGGCUCCCAUGAUGAACCUUUUGAAACUGAUAUUAUCAUCUUGUACAAAUAAGGAAACCGAGGCUCAGACAAAGGAAGUGACUUGUCUGAGGUUACAUAGCGAGAGAGGGACCAGCUGGCACUCAAACCCACCCCUGUCCAGCUUCUGGGCCAUAGUGAUGCUGACUCACUCAUUUAUCGUAACAGCUUUUUUUUCUGCCCCCAUUUUCAAGUAAGCAUUUAUUGAAGCGUAAGAUACAGGACAGUGCACCAAACCACGUAACUUGACGAAUUUUCACAGCAGAACACACCCAAGUAACCAGCACUGAGCUCAAAAACUGGAACAUGUUAAACGUGUGUCCCAUGAAUUUCACUUCCAUUUAAGGAACGGCAACAACAACAAAAGAUGUCAAGGUGGUGCACAUCUGUAAUCAGAGUCACUCUGGAGGUUGAGGCAAGAAAAUGGAAAAGUUUGGGGCCAGCCCGGGCAACUUGGCAGAACCCUGUCUCAAAUUAAAAUUUUAAAAGGUGGGAGGAGCUAGAAGUAUAGCUCAGUCACAGAUCGCUUGCCAAGCAUCAUGCCAAAGGGAAAAGAGAGAGAGAACUUUUUCCCAUUUCUAUAAGGAGAUCAUGCCAAACAUUUUUCCAGUAUGAGUGAAUCAAUCUACACUGGCCAGCAUCAGAUGAGAACUCUCAGUGCUCCAUAUCCUUACCAAUAUUUAUUCAGCAUGUGCCCAUUUUGCAGAGACGCCAACUGAGUUUCAGGGAGAGGAGCAUGUGUUGCCUUCCGGUCAGUGAGGGAUUCUGGGACCUUCUUGCCAGAAAUGUUCUCUGCUGCCUUCCCUCUGCCACCUACCCUCCAUCCCCGCCCCUGCAUCCUGCCCCUUCUGUGCCCUCCCAGCCUGGCUGUGCUGUGGGGUGGGACAGAUAGGGUCACGUGGACCUGGGUUCAGCGGGAGGAAGCCAGGCAGGGUGCAGAAAGCUGCUGAUUCUGGGGCUGGCCAGGAAAUCAAGUCCUGCAGGAGAGCCUCCACCAUGGAGUCACGGACACAGAGCUCCCAAACCCAGCCGGCUGCCCCACCUCUGCCGACAUCCUACCGCUGGCACACAGGAGGUGGAGGGGAGAAGGGGACUGGUGGGUUCCGCUGGGGCCGCUUCGUUGGUUGGGGAAGAGCACUGAGCCACCAGGAGCCCAUGAUUAGCAGCCAGCCAGCCCCCCGCUUGCUGUUCCGUCGGGUCCUCUCUGCACCCCCGAAGGAGUCACGGACCAGUCGCCUCAGGCUAUCCAAGACCCUCUGGGGAAGACAUAAGACCCCACCGCAGGAGCCAGAGCUGGAGCCAGAAGCCCCAGAGCCAGAGCCGGAGCCUCACAUCCCACAGAUCCCCGAGGCCCCCACCCCUGAUGUGCCUGUCUGGGAUAUUGGGGGCUUCACCCUGCUUGAUGGAAGGCUGGUGCUGCUUGGGGGCGAGGAGGAAGGUCCUCGCCGGCCAAGGGUGGGAAGUGCCAGCUCAGAAGGCAGCAUGCAAGUGGCCAUGGGGAACCUCAGGGAUGCAGAUCGGACCCUUGGAAAGGCAGAGCCAGAGGCUGCUGGCUCCAACCAGGUCCACAAUGUUCGGGGGUUGCUCAAGAGGCUGAAAGAGAAGAAAAAGGCCAGGUCUGAGCUGGGAGCCAAUACCUCCAGGGAUGGUACUAUGGGCUCUAAAGAAUCACUGGCCACACUCUCUGAGCUGGACCUGGGUGCCGAACGGGAGGUGCGGGUCUGGCCACUGCACCCCAGCCUCCUGGGAGAGCCCUACUGUUUCCAGGUAACGUGGGUGGGCGGUAGCCGCUGCUUCUCCUGUCGCUCAGGCGCUGAGAGAGAUCGCUGGAUUGAGGAUCUUCGUCGCCACUUCCAGCCCAGUCAGGACAACGUGGAGCGGGAAGAGACGUGGCUGAGCGUGUGGGUGCACGAGGCGAAGGGGCUGCCCCGAGCGGCUGGGAUGUCCGGCGUGCGAGCCGAGUUGUGGCUAGAUGGCGCGCUGCUGGCGCGCACCGCACCGCGGGCUGGCCCAGGCCAGCUCUUCUGGGCUGAGCGCUUCCACUUCGAGGCGCUGCCACCGGCCCGUCGCCUGUCACUGAGGCUUCGCGGCGGAGGCUCAGCGGGAGCAGAUUUGGGCCGUGUGACGCUGAAUCUGGAGGAGCUGAGCGCUCCCCGCGCGCCCGCGGCAGGACUGGAGCGCUGGUUCCCGCUGCUGGGGCAGCCAGCCGGUGCGGCCCUGCGGGCGCGAAUCCGGGCCAGACGCCUCCGGGUGCUGCCGUCGGAGCGCUACAAGGAGCUGGCGGAGUUUCUCACCUUCCACUACGCGCGCCUCUGCGGAGCGCUCGAGCCAGCGCUACCUGCGCAGGCCAAGGAGGAGCUGGCAGCCGCCAUGGUGCGCGUGCUGCAGGCCACCGGCCGAGCGCAGGCGUUGGUAACAGACCUGGGCACAGCCGAGCUGGCCCGCUGUGGAGGCCGUGAGGCACUGCUGUUCCGAGAAAACACAUUAGCCACCAAGGCCAUUGAUGAGUACAUGAAGCUAGUGGCCCAGGAUUACCUCCAGAAGACCCUCGGGGAGGUUGUUCAGCAUCUCUGUGCCUCCACUGAGGACUGUGAGGUGGACCCCAGCAAGUGCCCAGCAUCAGAGCUGCCCCAGCACCAGUCCAGACUUCGAAGCAGCUGUGAGGAGGUCUUUGAAACCAUCAUUCACUCCUAUGAGUAA